AAAUGCCAACGAAACCAAAAAAUCUAAAAUAAGUAUAAAAUCUCUAUGUAAUGAUUACUUGUGUAAAGAAUGUGUGAUUAGCUUACUUUUCUGACAGUUUCCAUCGCACGCAUUUGCUUCCGGCGUAGCAAAUACGCCAACGCCGCCUCCCGUAAGACCGAGCUGAGGGAGAAAACGACACCAGGGCAGGAUAGCGUUUCCAUUAUGUUCAGCUUUUCAUGCUGUCAGAAGCUGCCAUCCUUCUCUCUGUCUUACUACCGUAGAAAUAAAAAUAAGACUACAUAAUUAGGAGCAUAAUGUAGUUAACAAUCAACAGAAUCAAGUUCUGUCAUCAUGUUGCUGAGCUAACGUCAGCUACGAGGCUAGCUAGGUUACUUUGACAAUCCUUUUUAAGUUGCUAGCUGACAGGUUAGCUUACCGCGGCUAACUCCGCUAUGUGAACUCACUCAGAGGCGAUAAACGAACUCCCUGCAACUCUCAGCUGGGUGUUGCAGGUCGCUCUCAUGUGCCCAUGGAGAAGGUGGCCUUUGAGGGGUGGCUGGAGUCAAUCUCCACCACUUUCCUUACUCUGAAUGACCAGCAGAGGAACCAGUCUCUGGACCACCUCAUCUCUCUGAGCGGUGCUGUUCAGCUCCGUCACCUGUCCAAUGGGCUGGAGACGCUGCUCAAACGGGACUUCCUGCGCCUCCUUCCUCUGGAGCUGGCCUUCUACCUGAUGCGCUGGCUCGACCCUGAGACCCUGCUCAUCUGCUGCCGCGUCUGCAAACAGUGGAAUAAGGUCAUCAGCUCGUGCCCUGAGGUGUGGCAGGGUGUGUGUCGGGAGCUCGGCUGGAGGAUCGACGAGUCCAUCCAGGACGCCACUCACUGGAAGGGGAUCUACUUGAAGGCCAGACUGAGGAUGACGCAGCUGAAGGACCAGGAGGCCUUCGAGACGUCGUCCCUCAUCGGACACAGUGCUCGAGUGUACGCCCUCUACUACAAGGACGGACUCCUCUGCACAGGAUCUGAUGACCUCUCUGCCAAACUUUGGGACGUACGUACCGGCCAGUGCAUUUACGGGAUCCAGACUCACACCUGUGCCACAGUGAAGUUUGAUGAGCAGAAGCUGGUGACCGGCUCCUUCGACAACACUAUUGCAUGCUGGGAGUGGAGCUCCGGUGCUAAAAUCCAGCAGUUUAGAGGCCACACAGGAGCAGUGUUCAGUGUGGACUAUAACGAUGAGCUGGACCUGCUGGUCAGCGGUUCUGCGGACUUCUCUGUGAAGGUGUGGGCGCUGUCGGCUGGGGCGUGUCUCAAUACUCUAACCGGACAAACCGAGUGGGUCACCAAGGUGAUUCUACAGCAGAGUGAGGUGGAGUCUAUGCUGCACAGUCCGGGGGAUUACAUCCUCCUUAGUGCUGAUAAAUAUGAAAUAAAGGUCUGGCCUUUAGGCAGAGAGGUAAACUGCAAGUGUUUGAAGACUCUGUCGGUGUCGGAGGAUCGCAGCAUCAGCCUGCAGCCUCGUCUUCAGUUUGACGGGAAAUACAUCGUCUGCAGCUCCGACCUCGGGGUCUACCAGUGGGACUUCGCCAGCUUUGAGAUUCUCAGGGUGAUAAAGACACAGGACCCAGCUAACCUGUCCCUGCUGAGUUUCGGCGAGGUCUUUGCGCUCCUCUUCGAUAAUCACUUUCUGUACGUGAUGGACCUGAGGACUGAGGCGAUCUCGGGACGCUGGCCUCUGCCAGCCUACAGAAAGUCCAAACGAGGGUCCAGCUUCCUGGCCGGGGUGACGUCGUGGCUGAACGGCCUGGACGGGGACAAUGACUCUGGACUGGUGUUUGCCACCAGCAUGCCCGACCAUAGCAUUCACUUAGUCCUGUGGAGGGAGAACGGAUAGAGGAGGGGGACACGAGCCGCCAUGAUGGGUGCUCCAAACAGCCAAGAUACACAAUGCAUGGACCAAAGCAUUUUGUUUUUAUCUGUUUCUUCCUCAGCAUACAAUCCUCCUCCUCUCACAAACACACACUCACAGACUGAGAAAGAAGGGGAAACUAUCGCUCUGGAUUCUUCAGAAAAGUAAAGCUCUCUGCGGUCUUCUGACGGCGGGCAGAGACGGAAGCCAACAUGUGUCAGUGGCAACUAAAGAAUCUGUCAAAAAUAAACACAACCGUAGAAGCUCUGGUGUGAGAAUCUAAAGGGUUUAUGUUUCUGUCACAUCUGCUCUUUGUCAGUGACACAGUUGGAACAUGCCGACCUUUCAGUCAUCGUCUUGGGGUCAACGUUGGCAUCUGACGACGGCGUCACGUGAGCUGUAUCUCAAACCUGCAUGAUGCUAAGCUGCUCACGGAGCAGAUCUGCAGAAACAUUAAAGGAAGAGAAGAGUCGCCUUAAAUAUAGACAAUGUACAUAACGGAGAACGUCUCCUGUGAGGUCAGAGGGUCACGUUAAAGGGGAACUUUAGUAUUUUUAAACUAAAACCUUUUUUUUUUCUUCUUCUGGUGUCGAAAAGACUAAAAGGUACAAAAAGUUUCUGAAUGUCUCCAGUUGAUUUGUUCAUCCUGUAGGAGGUGAACAGGCCGUUUGUGUCUGUACCCUAAAUAUGUAAAUGAGCUGUGUCUGACCACGCCCCCUCUCUGGAAGGGCUUGUGUGUCUCGGGCUUUCUCGCUCCAUG